CACCCCCUAACAAUUUUUUUAAGGUGAAAACAUUUUUCUCAUGGAGAAAGGUGUCCAAAGAUGGAUAGUUGACAUAUCUGAAUGGAACCCAUGUAUCCAUUGCUUCUCUUUUGCUAUGUCCUUUCUUCCACAACAUGAACACAACUCCAUUACCAGGUUCUUUAAAAUGGAAGAUCGAAAACGGGCUCUUGUGAGCAGAUUGUUGCAGUAUGCACUGAUCCAUCAAGUCUUGGGUAUCUCAUACAAUGAAAUUGUCAUCAGGCGCACUGCUGAGGGAAAGCCAUACCUGAAAUGUGACAACCUGAACUUGGAGUUGCCAAAUUUUAACUUUAAUGCAUCACAUCAUGGUGAUUAUGUGGCGAUUGCCUCUGAACCAAUAUGCCUUGUGGGAUUGGAUGUUGUUGCUCAGACUAUUCCUGAGAAAGAAUCAGUGAAAGAAUUCAUUCAGAACUUCUCAUCAUACUUCUCAAGACUGGAAUGGUUUAACAUAAUCAAUGCUGGCUCUUCUCGUCAGAUUUUAAGUGAGUUUUAUAGAUACUGGAGUGUGAAGGAAGCAUUUGUCAAAGCCAUUGGUGAUGGUGUGGGUUACAAGUUGGACACCAUCGAAUUUCAUCAUAAAAACUGGGAAAACAUAGUUGCCAAAGUUAAUGGCAAAGAAUUAAAGGAUUGGAGAUUUUGGCUUCUUGAAUUGGGGAAAGAACACGUGGCAUCAAUUGCUAGAGGUCACCCUAUGUAUGCCACUGGCAGUUACAAGACAACGUUGAACCAGACACAGUUCAAUGACGAGGAAUACAAUUUGGGACUUCAUCUUCCGAACACAAGCUUCAUUUUCCGGAAGGUAGAAGACCUUUGGCCUUCCAAUGAAACAGGUCGAGUACCACCAUGUUUAUCGCAAAAUUGUGUUGUGUUGAAGGAUUAAGAACAACUCAAAGAAGCUAUUGAUUGAUUCACUGAGUGAAACUUGGGUUCUUCUGCCAUGACAAGUGCCACUUAAAGUAACGAAAAAUUUUGUAACAAAAACAUGAUUUUCUGCUUGUAGAAGUUUUUUUUGCGUCCAAGAGCAGACCUAGCUUAGAAGUUAUGAAUUCACGCGAACCAGUAACCUUUGCCUAGACAUGACAUAUGUAUUAUUGGGGAGGAGCCAAAUCCAAACUUCUUGUAAUAUAGCUAUAUAUGUACA